AUGGGUAAAGUCUCUAAGGAUAAGCGCGAUGCCUACUACAGGCUCGCAAAGGAGCAGGGAUGGCGCGCAAGAAGUGCGUUCAAGCUUCUGCAGUUAGAUGAGGAAUUCGACCUCUUUUCUAAUGUCACGAGGGUGGUGGAUCUUUGUGCGGCGCCGGGGAGCUGGUCGCAAGUUCUUUCUCGCGUGCUCAUCAAGGGCGAGAAGUUCGGGAGGGCAGCCUGGCAGGAUCGCGAGGCAAAACUUCGUCAACAGAUGUUAAACCUCUUCCUGACAGAGGAGCAGUCAACCCCAUCAGAAGGCGGUUUGGUAAACGCAGGUGACCCAGUUUCGGAAAGCGCCUCGGCGCAAGAGCCCCAACCAAGAAGAGAUGUCAAGAUCGUGUCCAUCGACCUACAGCCUAUGAGUCCGCUCCAGGGCAUCAUCACAUUACGAGCAGAUAUUACUCACCCCGCAACGGUACCCCUCCUCCUCAAAGCCCUAGAUCCAGACUACGAUCCCAAGACCAUGAGCCAGCAGGCGGCGCAGCCCGUGGACCUCGUCAUCAGCGACGGCGCCCCCGACGUUACCGGUCUGCACGACCUCGACAUCUACGUGCAAUCUCAGCUACUCUUCGCCGCCCUUAACCUUGCCCUAUGUGUGCUAAAACCGGGCGGUAAGUUCGUGGCCAAGAUUUUCAGAGGCCGAAACGUCGACCUCCUCUACGCGCAGAUGAAAAUCUUUUUCGAAAAGGUGGUCGUUGCGAAGCCGCGCUCUUCAAGAGCAAGCAGUGUAGAGGCGUUCAUCGUGUGCGUCAACUUCCGACCUCCUCCGGGAUUCAAAGCUAGUCUGGAAGAUCCGCUGGGUGUAGGGCACAAGUUAUCACGGCUAGCAGACGAGCGGAGGAGUCAGUUUCCUAUUAUCGCCUCCUCGAGCAUGCAGGAUCCUGCCACGGGAAGGUGGGACAGCGCGCCUGUGUCGGCGUCCUCUCCUUCACCAGAGGGCGCAGUGGAAGUAGAAGCAUUUGAUGAGCAGGUGGAGGAGAAUGAGAGACGGGGGAACAGGUGGGUUGCUCCUUUCCUGGCGUGCGGGGAUUUGUCUGCGUUUGAUUCGGAUGCGUCAUAUCGUCUUCCCGAGGAUCACGUAUCUCUGGAUCCCGUCCAACCACCUACGGCGCCGCCUUAUAAACGAGCAAUCGAGCUGAGGAAGGCUGCGGGCGGAGCUCACGGGAAAACGGUCAAAGCUUAA